AUGGAACUGCCAAAUCAUGCCAAACAACUGCUACUGCAGCUGAACCAGCAACGAGCCAAAGGUUUCCUCUGUGAUGUGAUCAUUGUGGUAGAAAAUGCCCUGUUUCGUGCCCAUAAGAACAUCCUGGCAGCCAGCAGCAUGUAUUUCAAAUCUCUUGUCCUGCAUGACAACCUGAUUAACUUAGACACGGACAUGGUGAACCCCACUGUGUUCCGGCAGAUCUUGGACUUUAUUUAUACUGGUAAGCUCUUAACGACUGACCAGCCCGGUGAACAGAACUUUAAUGCUCUCCUCACCGCAGCAAGCUACCUCCAACUGCACGACCUGGCAGCUCUCUGCAGAAAGAAGCUGAAGCGGAACAGCAAAUCCUUUGCUAGCAAGGCUGGUGGCCUUGGUGUUGGGAGAUCUGCCAGGAGUCAGAGACUUUCCACUGCUUCGGUCAUCCAAGCUCGCUAUUCAGGGUCAAAUGAGGGGUUGAAGGGCUCGCACUCGAAGGAGCUGUCAAAGGGAAAGCUCUCUGAUGACGAGGUCUUCAUCAGCAGCUCCAACCAAGAGAACUGUCACUCCUUAAGCAGGGGAGUCAGCAAGAACGGCGGUGGGGGCAGCAGUGCGAAUGGGAGCACUGGCGACCAGGAGUUAGGUCUCGACUUGUCCAAAAAAAGCCCAUCGCUCCCUGUUGCAGCCUCCCAUGAUGACACGCAGCACAGCGAAAGCCAGCAUGGCUCUCCCCAAUCUGCCUCAGCCCCCGCAGCCAACAGUGCCUCAUCGUUCGACGAGUCUGGAGUCGGAGCCCCUCACAGCAUGGCGGACAGCAGCGACCCCAUGGAGAUGGAUCUGAGCGAAGAGUGCCACCACUCAUUGACAGAGAGCAGCCAGCGCAAGGGCCUCCGGCACUCAUCCCGCAAAAAGGAGUGGAUCAAGAAAGACAACGCAUUUGACCGAAAAGAGGGGAGCAAAGACAGGGAUGAGGGCGAAGGGCUGCCCAACGGUAUCCUGCUGGGGCCCUUGUCCAAGUCCGUGGAGCGGAGUCUGGCCGGGGCCUAUGGCGCAGACCUACCCUACCCAUGUAAGGAGGAGGUGGAAAAUGGUAAGGAGAACAGUGAUGACAGCGGCCAGAGUGAAAGCGAGAGUGGUGGGCAUACUAGUGCCAACUAUGUCUACCGGCAGGAGGGGUUUGAGCCAGUGGCCUAUGGUGACAACCUCUAUGUCUGUAUUCCCUGUGGCAAAGGCUUCCCCAGCUCUGAGCAGCUCAAUGCCCAUGUGGAGACGCACACCGAGGAAGACCUUUACAUCAAGGAGGAAGGCACGUACGGUGGCAAGGAUGAAGCUGAGGAUUUGUCCAACCCCAACCAGUCCUACGCCACGGAGUCCCGGCCCUUCAAGUGUUCAGUGUGUGAGAAGAGCUACAAGGAUCCAGCCACGCUGCGUCAGCAUGAGAAGACUCACUGGCUGACGCGGCCCUUCCCUUGCAACAUCUGCGGCAAGAUGUUCACGCAGCGGGGCACCAUGACACGGCACAUGCGGAGCCACUUAGGGCUCAAGCCCUUUGCUUGCGAGGAAUGCGGGAUGCGCUUUACCCGGCAGUACCGACUGACAGAGCAUAUGCGUGUCCACUCAGGAGAAAAACCUUACGAAUGUCAACUGUGUGGUGGGAAAUUCACCCAGCAGCGCAAUCUGAUUAGCCACCUGCGAAUGCAUACCUCUCCCACAUAA